GAAAAGCGGAAGCGUGGCGUUAACCAAGCGCGAAUUUCUUCAAUGGAUCUUGCAAGUUUUGUUCGAGAUAGUCAACCUCUCCACAGCAGUUCACGGUGAGUGGAGAAGCCACGCGAGUCUACAGACAGCAGGGAGUCAGCUGCUGUGAAAAAACAUUUGACGAUAAGAAAUGGCGGAUGGUGCAGACGUAAUGGACGGAGAUCUGGAAGAUGGAGAGAUCUCCGGCUCGGACACUGAGAUGGGGACAACAGCAGCAGUACAAGCUCGACCCCAGGUUCCUCCAGCGUUCAGCGGUCAGUCCUUCCAGAGCAGAGCCGCUGUCCAGCUCCCUGCAGCCGCUUACCGCAGUGCCGGGAGAACGGCGGAGUCUAGUGACAGUGACCCGGAGUCGUCGGACGAGGAGGCGGCAGUUUGGCGCAAGAAGCGCCAGAAAGUGUCCAAUGCUCCGCAGCCUCCGCCCGCCCGACCAGGGCCGACACGCCUGCUCGGCCCCAGCGCGAUGGGAGAGCGCAAGGUGAACAACAUCUGGGGCUCCGUGGUCCAGGAGCAGUGUCAGGACGCCAUGACCGCAGAGCUGGGUAUAUUUGGCAUGGAGGGCGAAGUUAGCAUGUCUAGCAGGAAUGUGGAGACUUACAACUACGUCCUGGCUCGUAAAAUAAUGGAGAAGGAGAAAGAGAUGGAAAUGCUGUCCAAGAAUGAAGGAGAGGUGAACAUGCUGGACGACCAGCUAGAGCAGUACAUGAAGGGCCGUGGAUCUGAAGAUAGGCCAGAAAGUGAUGCAAAAAGGAAAAGGGCAGCCAAAGAUAGACUGGGCCCCAGAGCUGAGAUGGAUAUCAAGGGCAGAUAUGAGAUCACAGAGGAUGAUUCUGAGGAUAAAGUGGCAGAUGAGAUCGCAUACAGGCUGCAAGAGUCUAAAAUGGAACUCAUAGAGCGCGUUGUUAAAGUUAUAGGAACAAAAAAGGCUAUAGAGCUGCUCGGAGAGACUGCCACACUGGAGGAGAGCGGUGGCGUGUACACUAUGGACGGCAGCAGGCGGCGGACGCCUGGUGGGGUGUACCUCAACCUGCUGAAGAACACGCCCAGCAUCACCAAAUCUCAGGUCCGAAAGAUAUUCAUGGAGGAAAGUCAGAAAGACCAAAAGGUCAAGAAAGCUGCACAGAAGAGGAGGCGGCACAUGGUGGCCAAGAAGAUGAAGCAGGCCAUCACCACGCUGAACUUACAGGAGCACGAUGACGGAUCCAGGGAGACUUUUGCCAGUGACACAAACGAGGCCUUAGAGUCGCUGGAGGAAGCUGUGGAGGAGGAAGAGGAGGGUCAGGAGGAAGCUGCAGUGGGGACAGAGGAGACAGCUGUGGUCUACAGCUCCACAGACCUGGAGGUCUUCUGAAAACUGUCUUCUGUUUGGAGUCAGAGUUCAAAGAACAAGGACGACCUAAGAAAUACUGAGUGCACUGUAUAAUAGAUGAGUACAUAAUCACACCUGUUUCUUAUCUUAGCAAGUAAAAAAUAAUAAUAGCGUGUUUUGUAUGAAUCUGACUCUUAGAGUCCAGCACAUGUAAGCAGAGACACUUAACUGAAUCAUAAAACAUCCAAGUUGUGAGCGUGUACAACAAACUUUAUGUUUUCAAAAUAUUAAUUCUGUUCUAUAAUUUUCAUUUACUCUUCUUGAGGUUUUGAGUUGUUGAAUUCGACUGUUUUGGUCUGGAUUAUAAAUAAAGGUGACAAUGGAAUAAUUAUAUAAA